AUGGAUAUCCCGGAUUAUAUCGCCAACGCCGUACAGAACUCAUCGGAAUCAUCACCACCCAAGCGUUCGAAGUCGAUAGGUGCGGCAUCGAGGCAAUCGCAAAACAACGAACAGCCCGCUCACAAAUAUCUCGCAUACCCAACAACCACAUUCGAGGAUCAUUCAUCUGUCAGCGACAUCGAUCCCGAGUAUGAGACUGACUUCACGACACCUGACUCAUCUGAUAUGCCGGACGACGUGGAAGAGUUUAGGGACAAGGAGUAUCCGCAGUUGAAAGGGAAGGUGUACAUGGACCAUGGCGGGACUACUCUAUACGCAAAGUCACUAGUAGAGGAGUUUUCGGCGGAUCUCAUUUCGAAUCUUUAUGGCAACCCUCAUUCGGCCUCGACACCCUCGGCGCUGGCAGGCCAUCGAGUAGACCUCAUCAGAGAGCGAGCACUACGUUUCUUCAACGCCGAUCCAGAACAUUGGGAUCUUGUCUUCGUGGCCAACGCGACGGCCGCCAUCAAACUUGUCAUUGAAUGCUUCAAGGAUCACGCAGCCACAAGCAACACGCCAGUAUGGUAUGGGUACCACAAAGACGCGCACACGUCGCUGGUCGGCGUAAGAGAAUCUACGAAGAUGCACAGAUGUUUCACAAGCGACGAGGAAGUGGACAUAUGGAUCAACAGUGGCGGACUGGGUGGUCCACGAGCAAGGCAGCUCGGUUUGUUUGCUUAUCCUGGUCAGUCGAAUAUGACAGGGCGACGGCUACCGUCAUCAUGGGCCGGACGCAUCCGCAAAUCGUUCCACAAGGCGGCGACAUAUACACUUCUGGAUGCGGCUGCGCUUGCAAGCACAGCGCCUUUAGACUUGUCUGACCCGGCGACCGCACCUGACUUUGUAGCUCUAUCGUUCUACAAGAUUUUCGGCUUCCCUAACAUAGGCGCUCUACUGGUGCGGAAGGACUCAGCACACGUAUUGGAGAGUCGCAAGUACUUCGGCGGUGGUACAGUCGAGAUGGUCAUCGCUGUCAAUGACACCUGGCAUGCGAAGAAGGACGUCUCAACACACGACCGUCUGGAGGACGGCACUUUACCUUUCCACUCAAUUUUCGCACUGGAUCAUGCGAUGAAUGUUCACGAACGACUAUAUGGACCGAAUCCGAUGAAAUUCAUAUCACACCACACUGCACAACUGGGCAAGCAAUUAUACGACAGCCUGGUAGGACUGAAGCACAGCAACGGCCUACCACUGGCACGUGUAUACAAGGACGAGCACGCUGUAUAUGGCGAUCCAUCCGUGCAAGGAGCGACCAUCGCGUUCAAUGUACAGCAUGCCGAUGGAACUCUGAUACCUUACGAGGACGUCGAAGAGGCAGCGGACGAUCGAAAUAUCUUCGUGCGUAGCGGAUCGCUCUGCAACCCUGGUGGCGUAGCGACAUACCUCAAUUGGUCUCCAGCAGAGAUGAAGGCGGCGUACGCAGCUGGUCAUCGCUGCUCCAAUCCCACCCAGAUCAUGCUUGGCAAGCCGACCGGCGUUGUACGAGUAAGCCUGGGAGCUAUGAGCACAUCUUCCGACGUACAAAUUCUUAUCCAAUUCCUGGACGAGGUUUACUGCCAGAAUAUCAACGAGCAGCGCAUCACCUCAACCAUGCUGCUCACUCCAAGCGCACCAUUGUCGCCCCCAGCUACUCCAGGCGCCACUGGACAGCUUCCUCCACUGAACAUCCCGCACGCACUCCACAUUCCAACCAUCCCGAGCGGCGCAGGCCCAACGCCUAGCACUGCAGGCAGUACACAUACUCCCGAGAACAGCUCGUGGGCUGCAACGGCGCUACCAGGACCUGAACCGCAUCAGCCAGUCGAACCGGAGAAGCCUAAGUAUCCACCUUUCAACCCGGAAGACUAUAUCAAGAUGCGCAAACCUUGGGAAGAGGAGUUCCGGAAACAGCAAGCACGACAACAGCAAUACAACGUCGCAAUGGAAAUCAAAGUCCGGGAGAUGGAAGAUGCGAGCAUGCUAUCGCGGAACCCAACUCCAAGCGUGAAAGCUCGCAAAUUUGGUAGAAGUGUGGUGAAUCUGCUGCGAACCAAAUCACAUUUCGUAGAAGCUCCAAGGAUACCACCACUACCGAGCUCGCCACUUCCACCACCUGAAUCUCGAGAUCCUCGCGAGCCAGUGCGCAAUGCGUCAAACUCACAACGAUCACGACGGAGUCUUGAGAAAGCGCAGUUCCAGCAGAACGUCGAUAACCUUGGACUAUAA